ACUUGGGAGCGGGGUGACCAGCAUCAAUGGGAAAGGAUACGCGAUUCACGCUCAGGAGGAACGACGCUCAAUGACCUCGACCAACAGGCGCCUUCUUCACUCACAACUACACCCGUUUAUAUAUUGCGGCACCUCACAUGCAAUAAUCGACAAUAUUUCAGCAUGACUGUGAAUCUGGAUCAGGUGCUCUUCGCACGCGCUGAAUGGCGCUUUCGCUUCCUCGCUCCAUGUUGGAUGAUACAAGUUGGGAUUCUUCUGAGCCUGGUUGGCCUAUUCUCCUACCGGCUUUUCGUGACCUCUCAGACUUUUGACGACGAGAUAUCGCAUGGCCAGGAUCCUAUAGUUCAAAUAGUUUGGGAAUCCACCCAAGUUGGUUUCUCAUUCAUCUCCGCAACUCUUACUGUUGCUGAAGUAUGGAAGGCGAGGUCUGAGACCUUGACUCCCUUCUUCAUGCUGUGCACAAAUCUCAUAAAAUCCACACUCGCUAGUGGCAUGCUGGGCUUAGAUGCUACCGUCUAUGUCCAAUAUUCGAACCACCACUACUCUGUAGUUGGCUUGGCUUUGGAUUGUAUCCUCCUUGGCAUAACACUUAUAAUGCUCUUCUACGCUUUCUACACAUAUCGUCGCCUCCUAAAGUUUGAAGCCUAUGAUCUAGCCUAUAACAAAUCAGGAGGCUGCAGCUACAGCAACGGCCAUGGGCAGGAUCUAGGCUAUACCGUCAAAAUAUUCGGCGGAAAGGAGAACCGAGAGCCGUCGCCAACACCCGAAGCCUUGAAGUCUCGGAUUGAUCAGGCAAUCGGCGCCGAGUUCGGGUGGGGAAGCCGUCCGUCGGGAAGCGUCACGGAGCGCUCUGGCAUAGUGGUCGCGUCCGGAUCGGUUCAAAGCGGCGUGCCCACCCGACCGGCAGAGUUACACAGGGCACGGAGCUGGGUGACCGAGACUGGCGUGGCUGGCCCGAAUACGUCCGCGGAACGCGUUGAUGCGAACGGGAGGAAUACUGACGACGAUUACCAUGAUUAUUAUGAACUAGCUCAUGCACGCAGUCUCAGCAUUCCUACAUUGGUAGUAACUCCUCAUGGUGAGGAUGGCGAUAGCGAAGCGUUGUUGACGGGGCAAUGGCGAGGCGCGGAUGGAAGUAGAUAAAUGGCACAGGUAUCUGUGUGACAUAUGAAGCAUUGCGGCGCGGCGCUUGGUGUACCGGUGGCUAACGGCAGUGGUUGGUUCUAUGCUUUUUGUUUAAUACCCCUAUCUGUUAAUGAAACUGCCCGCAUAUUUACUGUUGUUCAGUUUGAUCACCGGGACAAUCAACGCGGGCGAUGUUGCAACGGUAGGUUUAUACCAACCAUCUUCAUUUCAAGGAUAACUUGCCGAAAAUAGG